UUUCACAGCUAGCUAAGCCAACACGUCCCAAUCUCUUUUUUUUAGCCUUCACUUCCUCUGUCUCUUACCACUUUCUUCUGUGCCUCUCUCUUCCACCAUUUUUCCUUCAUUUUCCUUUCUUUCUCUUCCUCUCCCAUCUGUCAUCGCCAUUUCUUCUUUCAUUUUUCUCUUUUUCUUUUUCUCACCCUCCAAGACGGCCGUUCUUUUCAAUUUUCCACCACCUCCAUCAAACAUCUCGUUUUGCUCUUGUUUUUGUUUUUAUUUUUUCUUUUUCUUUUCUGAAAUAAUGCUCUUUCACUGAGGAAAUUUUCUCUCCAAGAAUUCUUUGAUUCUCUGCUAUUAGCUGUUAUGUUUCAGAGCUUUUUUUGGUGAAACAAUUCGGUUAUGCAACCGGGUAUUUUUCAUUUUUUUUUUAUUUUUGUUUCUCCAUCAAAGAAUUCUGAGUUUUGCCAAACUCCGUUCUUUGGCUUUUGAAGAUCAAUAGCAGAGAAAAACAGAGACAAAAAAGAAACAAAAAAAAGAAAAAAAAAAAAAGAAAAAAAAAAAAGAUGAACAUGUUGGAUCUUAAUGUUGAUAUCACCUCCAUUGAUUCGACCACCUGUGAUUCAAAGGAAAAGGAGGUGAUGGAGAAGCUCCAAGAGCAAGGUUUGAGUUUCAGAACCCAAAUGGAAGAUUCUGGGACAUCAAAUUCCUCAGUCGUCAAUGCCGAAGAAGCUGCAACUCCGAAUUACAAAGACGACGACUCCAAUUCCAACACCACCUCCGCAUUCAUCUUCGAUAUCUUGAAGAAAGAAGAAAUCGACGGUGUUAGGGAAGAAAACCCAUCUCCGGAAUUCGUCGUCAGGUCGCUUUUUCCGGUGGCCGGUGAAAAAGGAGUUGAGGAAGCUGAUUUCCGGUUGGGAUUGUCUUCGUCGAAGCCUCCUCAGUGGUUGAACUUGUCGUUUUCAGACUCUUCGGUGGUACCUGCUGGCAGCGGCCAAGCCGAGCUGAAAUUUAUUCAACAGAAACAUCAAAAGCAACCACAACAACAACAACAACAGCCGCCGGUGAGAAAAAGUCGGCGAGGACCGAGGUCCCGGAGCUCUCAGUAUCGUGGGGUUACGUUUUACCGGAGAACCGGCCGGUGGGAAUCUCAUAUAUGGGAUUGUGGGAAGCAAGUAUAUUUAGGUGGGUUCGACACUGCUUUUGCUGCAGCUAGAGCAUAUGAUCGGGCUGCAAUUAAGUUCCGUGGAGUUGAUGCUGAUAUCAAUUUCACUGUGAGCGAUUAUGAGGAAGAUAUCAAGCAGAUGAAAAAUCUAAGCAAAGAAGAAUUCGUGCUGAUACUUCGUCGGCAAAGCAACGGAUUCUCCCGGGGAAGUUCGAAAUAUAGAGGUGUAACCCUGCAUAAAUGUGGAAGAUGGGAAGCUAGAAUGGGACAAUUCCUCGGAAAAAAGUAUAUAUAUCUUGGGUUAUUCGACAACGAAGUUGAAGCCGCAAGGGCCUAUGACAAGGCAGCCAUAAAAUGUAACGGAAGAGAAGCAGUUACCAACUUUGAGCCUAGUACUUAUCAAGGAGAGAUUAUUUUAGAUGCAAAUAGUGCAAAUAGUGAAGGCAGUGGUGGACACAACCUUGAUCUGAGUCUUGGGAUUUCUUCGCCUUCUGAUGCUUCAAAAGGGAAUGGCUCUCUUGGGGAUUCUCAUUUUCUUUUCAACAAUCCUGAAAUGCCCACUAGGGUUAGACCAUUGAUUGAUAGCUCUGCUUCUGCAAAUAUGGGUGGACAACCCCCUCAUGUUCUAACAAUGGCGUCCAAGCAACCUGCUGUGUCUUCUGGAAUAUAUCCUGCUUUCUUCAUGAGGAAAGAGCCACAGAGUAGAGGAUUGAAGCUGUUCAAUCGUAUAGAUUCUUGAACUGGGCACGAUAAAUUCAAAACAACAACAACAACAAUGUUACCACAAUGCCAGUCUUCCCUAGUGCAGCAUCAUCAGGAUUCUCAUCUUCCACAACUACUGUAUCUCCAACAGUUACUCUUCCAUUAAAUACCCUAACCAAUUUUGUCCACAAAUCUCUGCCUUCCUACACCAACCGCAUCUAUCACUGAUAACUCUCUUAUACAAUCUUAGGAGCCAAAAAAACCGUGAACGUGAACAGAAAACACAAAUGAUUGUUUCGCAAAGUUAGGUGAGCAGGAGAGUGCUUAACCGACUAAAUUUACCAGUUUACUCUGUAGAGAUGUUGUUUCGGUUUGGAUGUGUCUUACAAUACCCAAGCACAGAACUACAUUGUAAAACUUUCACUUUGUGAACUGUUGUAUAUAAGCUUUUCUUACAUGGAGGCUUCCCAUCAAUGCAGUAAAAUUUUUUAUUGCC